GUGUGUGGACGCUUUGUGACGGGGUAACAUGAAUGCCACAUUUAUUUUUAUGAAUAUAUAUAAACCAUUCAGACACCACGCAAACAUUGUUUGUGUCUUCACGCAAAUGAGAGCGGAUUAACACAUAACCUCUACACAGCCCUACCAUGGCGAAUGAGACCACAGACCCUAUGCCGCUAGAAGAGCUGUGCAUUCUUGAGAAUGUAGAGGUGUACAGGAACCAAACUGAGGUGAAAAUGAGUCAGAUAGUUCUCCCCUGUCAUGCCAACCAUUGUGGACAGCUCAGUGCUGGACAACUUCUCAAGUGGAUGGACUCCACAGCCUGCCUCUCUGCUGAGCGGCAUGCUGGUUGUUCCUGUAUCACAGCAUCGGUGGACGACAUUUACUUUGAAACCACAAUAGGGGUUGGACAGGUUGUCAAUAUUACCGCCAAAGUCAACAGAGCUUUCACAUCCAGUAUGGAGGUUGGAAUAUUGGUGAGCUGUGAAGAUCUCUUCAGCGACAGAAAAUGGAAGGUCUGCCACGCAUUUGCUACUUUUGUGGCCCGCCGUACCGAAGCAGGAAAGGUACAGCUGAAGCAGGUAAUUCCUCGAACGCAGGGGGAGCAGAUGGAGCACAGCAUCGCAGCCGAGCGCAGGAGGAUGAGACUAAUCCACGCAGAGAUAAUUACUGAUCUUCUCAGCAGCUGCUCGGCGCAGACAGUGAGUGCGGGUCUGGAUUACCAUGAUGCAGUGCCUGCAGAGAAGACUCGUGUUGAAAGCGUCGAGCUGGUCCUCCCGCCUCAUGCCAAUCACCAGGUCAGCACCUUCGGUGGGCAAAUCAUGGCCUGGAUGGAGAACGUGGCAACUAUUUCUGCCAGUCGUUUAUGUAAUGCACACCCAACUCUCCGGAUGAUAGACAUGUUCCACUUCCGUGGCCCCUCCCACAUUGGAGACAGACUUGUGUUAAAAUCCAUUGUAAAUAAUGCCUUCAAGGAUAGUAUGGAGGUUGGAGUGUGCGCAGAGGCCUAUCAGGGUGGAGAGCCGCUGCGGCACAUCAACACUGCCUUUAUGACUUUUGAGGUCCUGGACAAUGACAGGAAGCCACGCACGUUGCCAAGGAUACGACCUGAGCCUGUGGAUGGUAAGAGGCGUUUCCAGGAGGCUAUAGCCAGAAAAAAAAUACGGCUUGACAGGAAGUACAUAAUAUCCUGUAAGCAAAGUGAAGUUCCUCUCUCAGUUCCGUGGGAUAAGAGUAACCAGAUGUACCUCAGUUACAACAAUGUUUCGGCACUGAAGAUGUUGGAUGCCCGGACCAACUGGGUCUUAACCUCCGAGAAAAACAAGGUGAGUUUAUACACACUGGAGGAGAACCAAACGUUGUGCUUUAAGGUGGAGACACAUGUGGCCGUUGCAGCAGAGCAGGUGUUUCUGUUGCUGUCUGAUCUGAGGCGCAGAAAGGAAUGGGACUACCACUACCAGGAGUGUGAAAUGAUAACUGAAGCACACGAAGACGACACCAUUUACCGUGUUGUCACCCCGUCUGUGUCUAAAGGAGGCAAGUUGCAGGACUUCAUCCUCCUGGCCUCCAGGAGGCGCCCUUGUGAUUCUGGAGAGCCUUAUUUGAUUGCACUACGUUCUGUUACCCUGCCUGCAUAUCCUCCCUAUGAAGACAACAACAGAGGAGAAGUUCUCUGCGCUGGCUUCAGUAUCUGGAAAGUGGAUUGCUCUUACACUAAGAUUUCUUACUACAAUCAAGCCACUCCAGGCGUGCUGCCCUAUAUCUCCACUGACAUCGCUGGGCUUUCCUCCAGCUUCUACUGCACCUUCUCCUCAUGUAACACUUUUCUGGAAAAAAAUAAAGGCAGCUUGGCUUAAGUUUCCACCUCUGUGCUGUGAGAGAACUUGAGGGGUGAAGUGGACAUUCUCUGCUCUUCUAAUACGAUACAGUUUCUCAUAGAAUUGUUAGGGUCAAGAUUUUGCUAUGAGAGACUCUCCAGCAGUGAAGAUCCUUGUUAUUCUUCUGGGAUGAAGCCUUUCCAGUUUGAGUUCAGUACAAAAGAUUAUGUAAUCGCAGGUACACAAAAAACUUUGAAUGUUAUAAAUUUGGAAAGGUCAGUCUGGGUCAUUAAUACAUCGCAAAUCACGUUAGAGAACAUGAGAUGUUAUAAUAUUAGAAAUACAGCCACGGGGAAAAUUAAGGAACCAUUUCAAAAGUUUAUUAGAAUUUGCAAUUUAUAGAUAUGUAUUGAGGAAAAUUAUCAUCUCGUUUCAUUCUGUGAACAACUAACAAUAUUUCUUACAAAUUUUAAAUAAAAAUAUUGUUUCUAUUUUAAUUUAAUUACAGAAAAUUAAUACUGGAGAAAUAGUAAUAUUUGUACAUGUAUUUAGGAAAAUUCAAAAAAAAAAUUACGUGAUAGCCGGAAUUUUUAUUACAGUUUAUGUGUCUUGUCAUACUGUCAGUCUUUCACAUUGCUGUUGGGUGACUUAAUGUCACUCCCGAGCUUUGAUUUUGUUGAAAUUCAGCUGUAUGUUUAAUUAUUUUUAAAGAAUGUCACUUUUAGAGUAGAAGCUAGAACUCAGGGUUGUGUGCAAUGAUGUAAAAGCAUCUUGAGCCAGAAGAUUAAGCUAGUAUAUUGCCACUGGUUUCAUUCUUGAUGAAUUGUCACAAUAAAUCUAAUGAACCUCAAAUAGGUGGUAAGAUCGAUGUGUUACUUCCUGUGUCACUCACAAACCAAUCUGCAUAGAGUUUUGUUGCCUUUUUUUGGAUAGGUGUUCAAUUAUACUUUCUACCUCUGUAAAUCAUGCGGAUUUAGAACACUUACCUUUUCAUUACAAUCUGGAAGGAGAUGUUCCUGUUUUUGAUUGUUUUUAAUCAUAUUUUAAUGAAAUAUUAUUAAUUAUAACAUCAUGUAGCAAUAUUUGUUCACUGU